AUGUGUCCUUCCAAUAACCCAAUCUCAGCCUAUGGCUUCACAGCUGUUGUAUCGUCAGCUGCUGCUCUUCUCGCAAUAGAUCCUCCAGCAACACCUGCCCCAUCUAUCACAGUGGCCGAGGUCCCAGCUCCAGACACGCCUCUCGCCCAACGGAUCAACGAGUAUGCAAAGUCUCAUCUUCCUGAACCCACAUACAAUCAUUCCCUUCGUGUCUAUCACUUUGGGCUUGCGAUCAAGCGGUACAGGUUCCCUGAGUGGGCCUUCACCGAUGAAACUUACUUCCUUGCCUGCCUACUUCACGACAUCGGAACAACCCAAAGUAACUUGGAAGCCACUAGAAUGAGCUUCGAGUUCUUUGGGGGGUUGAAAGCGCUGGAGGUUUUGCAGAAUCUCAACCCUUCCUUUGUAGGAGGCUCCGUCGCAGUCGCCCCGAAAGAUCAAGCAGAGAGCGUGGCAGAGGCAGUGAUUCGACAUCAAGACUUGUGCGAAAAAGGGAAAAUCACAGCUCUUGGUCAAUUGCUUCAGCUGGCAACAAUCUUUGAUAACACUGGCUCCUAUGCCAAUCUAAUUCAUCCAUCGACGAUCCAAGAUGUCUCCAACCAUUUCCCUCGCCUGGAGUGGAGUUCAUGCUUCGCUGGUACCAUUCAUGAAGAGAAUCGGCUGAAGCCCUGGGCACACACAACAACACUUGGCGAGGAGGAAUUCCGGAGCAAGGUAUUAGGAAAUACUCUGAUGGCACCAUAUGAAUGA